AAGGCCUGCGCCUUCGCUCUCCCUCCGCCUUGGUCCACGAGGUGUUCGAUCCAAUUCCCCACCGCCGAGUUCGAAGCCUCGAUUCGCCUUCGAUUCGUGAUCCCCCAGCAGAAUUCUCGGCGUCGAUGGCAUCUAAGGUCGCCGUCUCAGGCGAAUUGCCGGUCCUUCCUCCGAUCAAGACGGCGGCGCCGAUCCGGGAAAAGCUCCCAGUCGUGGGAGGCCAGGCCUCCCCUGGCGACGGUAGCGGCGACGAGGAAGGGUGUGUCACGCCCAAAUCGGAGGAGCACUAUCUCAAGCCCCUCGCCGUGUGCCCGCCAGCCCCGAGGAAACCGAAGCCGGUGAGGAGGACGUCACCGGCGCCGGCGACCGACUCUAAGGUUUUCCGCGCAGUGCCCCGAGACCUGACCUCCAUCUUCCUCGCUCUCCCUCCGAAGAAGAGGAUUCGUAUAGCUUGAUCUGAUGAGAAAAGCCCCUUUCUGCUCGAUACGAAUCCCUAAUUUUCAUGUGUGGUACAAAAUCGAUUUAUUUUUCCAAUUUUUUUUCUUCGUUCGGUAAUUCCCACAUCGCUUUGUAUAAGUUUGACAGAAAUUGUGCUCCAUACCACGCUUCUGUGUACAAAUAUGAGAAUCUGUUCUUCAUAUGGCUUCAUUGUUUCAGGAUCUGGAUCAGAUUCCCAAUUUUUCGCCUUGUCUUGUUUAAAGCCGUGAAUUUUUUUCCCUUGUUCCAAAAAUGAAAAUUGCAUAAAAGUUGCAGAAAUUAUGUUCUUCA